CUCAUUUCGGGGAGGGGGGCCUUCGGGGGCGAGCGGAGCCCGGGCCCCGCCGCGUUGGAAGCGGCCGCGUCGCCCCAGGCCCCGGUUUUCACGGGGUUCGCGGGGAGCCCGGGUGACGUCAGGAGGGGAGCGGCUGGAUAAAUAGAGGCGGCCGCUCCGGCCGAUUCAUUCAUAAGAUUGCGAGCGGAGCCGGCCGGGGAGGAGCGAGUGGAUCGGGGACUUUGGACCGGGGACUCCGAGGCGGCGCGGGGGGCCGCCCCUCACCGGAUUCGGGGCUGUGUCGUGGGGGGGCCGCGGAGGAGCGGACUCCCUUGGGCGAAGACCGACGCCCCGCGCCCACCGGCGACUUGGGAUCUUGGAGGGGCUUUUGGCCUUCGACGGCAUCGCCCGGACUCCUCCCGCGGCCCGCAGCGGCCUCCGUCGUCCCCCCCGGUUGGAGCUACGGGGCUGAGUCGGGAGCCCGCCGCGGAUCGCCAGCCCGGAGCCGUCGCCCGGCCCCCGCGGGCGGCCCCCGUCUUCCCGGGACCCCGGCCCGCCCCCGCCGCCGUCGCGCGCCCCGGAGUUGCCCGGCUCUCACAACCUUGGCUUCCAGACGGCCCCGGCGCGGCCACAGGCUCCCCCCUGGGCCGAGGGAGAUGUUUCAGGCGUUCCCCGGAGACUACGACUCCGCCUCCCGGUGCAGCUCGUCGCCCUCGGCCGAGUCCCAGUACCUGUCCUCGGUGGAUUCCUUCGGGAGCCCCACCCCCACCGCCGCCUCCCAGGAGUGCACCGGCCUCGGGGAGAUGCCCGGCUCCUUCGUGCCCACCGUCACAGCCAUCACCACGAGCCAGGACUUGCAGUGGCUCGUGCAACCCACCCUCAUCUCCUCCAUGGCCCAGUCCCAGCCUCCACAGCCUCCACAGCCGCCCCUGCCUCCGCUGCCGCCUGCCGUCGACCCCUACGACCUGCCAGGGACCAGCUACUCCAGCCCCGGAGUCAGUGGCUACGGCGCGGGCCCGGCCCCGGCGGGCCCGGUGCCCGGACGCCCCGCACGGGCCCGGCCCAGGAGGCCCCGGGAGGAGACGCUCACACCUGAGGAGGAAGAGAAGCGUCGCCUUCGACGUGAGCGGAACAAGCUCGCCGCAGCCAAGUGUCGCAACCGGCGGAGGGAGCUGACGGACCGACUGCAGGCGGAGACGGACCAGCUGGAGGAGGAGAAGACGGAGCUGGAGUCGGAGAUCGCCGAGCUGCGGAAGGAGAAGGAGCGGCUUGAGUUUGUGCUCGCGGCCCACAAGCCCGGCUGUAAGAUCCCAUUCGCGGAGGGGCCCGGCGGUGCCCCCAGUGAGGUGAGCACUUUCCUGUCGGCCGCGAGAGAGGAUCCGUUUGGGCUGGCGCCCUUCCUCCCUCCGCCGCCGCCGCCGCCGCCGCUGCCGCCCCCGCUGCCGCCCCCGCCGCAUUUCCAUGGGCACCAGGACCCCGGGCAGGACGCCCCCCUGACCCCUUCUUUCUUUACACACAGUGAAGCCCUGGGAGACCCCUACCCCGUUAACCCUUCGUACAAUUCUUCGUUUGUGUUCACCUGCCCAGAGGUCUCCACGUGCGGGAACGCUGAGAGGAACAGCAACAGCGAGGCACCCUCAGACUCCCUCACCUCCCCCUCCCUCCUGGCCUUGUGAGCCUCAGCGGGGGGAGGGGGAGCCCCCGCCCCAUCCUGCCCGCUGCCCCACUCCCACGUGUCCUACCCUGGCUUUGUUCCACGAA